GGGGCGCGGCCAGGGCCGGAACAUGGCGGCGCCCUCGGCCCCGCGGCCGCCCCGGCCCCGCAAGGAGCCGCAGCCGCUCGUCAUCCCCCGGAGCGCGGCCGAGGAGCAGCGCCUCCGCCUCGAGCGCCUCAUGAGGAACCCGGAAAAGACUGUACCAAUUCCUGAAAAACUGAAUGAAUGGGCACCACGGCCUCCCCCGGAGUUCGUUAGAGAUGUCAUGGGUUCCAGUGCUGGAGCUGGCAGUGGGGAGUUCCACGUGUACCGGCAUCUCCGUCGGCGAGAGUACCAGAGGCAAGAUUUCAUGGAUGCCAUGGCUGAGAAGCAAAGACUAGAUGAGGAAUUCCAGAAGAAACUGGAGAGGAAUAAGAUGAUUGCAGAAGAGCAAACAGCAAAACGCAGAAGGAAGCGGCAGAAGUUAAAAGAGAAGAAACUGCAAGCUAAGAAAAAUAAACUUGAACAAAAGAAGCAGGAAAAAGAACCUGGGCAAUCCCAAGAGCAAGGCAGCAGCGAGGAUGAUGAAGAGGAUAGCAAAGAGGAGGAAGAGAAGGAAGAUGAUGCUGAAGAGCCAAGUUUUGUGAUGGGAAGAGGAUGAGGCCUUCCAGGGACAGCUGGGAAUGCUGUUCAUUGCUUUGUAUUCAGGAGCAUGAAAGUCUUUCAUCUCAGCCAAGCAGAACCCAUUGGCGUACGUUACAUCUGCUUAGCGGGGCAUGGCCUUCAAGUCACAGGCCCGAGAGAAAAUGAUAGAGAAAUGCCAAAUAAGAGAUUUUUUUCUUAAUUGCUUGUAUAACUGCUGUGCAGUCUGCUCUAAGUUUGCUCUAAAGAGUCAGCCAUAAGUCUCUAUGACCCUAGAGUUCUUUCUGAAAUGGCCCAGAGUGUUUUUCUGUCUGAAAGCUAAAACAUAACUAUUACCAUUUAAGGGAAAUAUUACUGUGAAGGCUACGUAUUCUACUUAUCUUGAAGCUGGUAGCAGUGGGAUACAUGAAUCUAGGGGUAAGAGUUUAACCUGAAGUAGAAAAGUGGUCUGUAGCCAGACUCUCCUGCACUGUGAGUGUUCUGCAUUUGGGGUUUUGUAUGGGGUCAUCUCUAACCCAAAGAAAUCAGUUUAUGUUGCUAGACAAGUUCUAUAGAUUUUUAAUCAGGAUCCCUUUUUUAAUGCUAAAACUUUCCCUAUUGCUUUUCUUCCAUGUUUUCUAAAUUAAUAAAAGGGAUGUGUUGGA